AUGUCUUUUGAUAUCAAUUGGAGUACAUUGGAAUCUGAUAAUAGACUAAAUGAUGUCAUUAGGAAACAUUUAAAUUCAUAUUUACAGAAUUCGCAACUACCAAGCUACGUCAGCAAUCUUAGAGUACUAGAUUUCGAACUGGGAAAAGUUGGUCCUGCUAUAACACUGAAAGAAAUAACAGAUCCCCUAGAUGAGUUUUAUGAUUCAAUUAGGGAGGACGCCUAUGAAGAGACAGAGGAAAAUAAUAACGACAAAGACGUUACUGAACAUUUUGGUACUGAGCAUACUGUAGCUGAUCACCAGGCACCUAAGGAUGAUUCUGAGCCACUUGUAGUCAUGCCAUCUCCCAACGAUAUACAAUUUUUGCUAGAAGUUGAGUACAAGGGCGACCUACUCGUCACAAUUGGUGCUGACCUUGUACUGAAUUAUCCUGUGGAAAAAUUUAUGACUUUGCCAGUAAAACUUUCCAUUAGCGAUAUCGGUCUCCACUCCCUUUGCAUUGCAGCAUAUUUAUCAAAGCAACUAUUUUUUAGUUUUCUGUGUGACGUUAGUGAUCCUGCACUAGAUGACAAUCAAACUGUUUUGGAUCCGAAGGGACCAAUCCUAGCAGCUACUAAGCCAUUGGAGCGAAUAUCUAUUGUGAGAAGUAUGAAGAUCGAAACAGAAAUAGGGGAACAGUAUCAGGGGCAGGGCUCGGUAUUAAGAAGUGUUGGAGAACUAGAACAGUUUUUGUUUACGAUAUUCAAAGAUUUUUUAAGAAAGGAAUUAGCAUGGCCAAGUUGGAUCAAUCUGGAUUUCAACGAAGAUGAUGAGUAA